CACAACACACACCCCACUUUUCAAUUUUGGAAAGGCUUACGCUGUCGUUUUGCUGACGCAUCAUUUGUCAGCCAUUAUAACCCGAACCCGAAUCCGUCCGAGUUGACCAGGACGAAAAUCAAAGCGAAGCCCGGAAGUACAGAAAACGAAUUCAUACUUCAGAGUGUGAGAGACAACACUGCGAUACGACAUCGUUGCCUUGUGAACCUUUGCUUCGCUUUUGCAUUUGGUACAAGAAGAAGAAGAUGCUCCGAAAAUGUGGCGGGAAAUCGGAGACUGGGAAGCGGGCAAGCUCCGCCCAAAUUCGUUCUCGAAUCGAAUCAAGUCGACCCGGAUCCAAACGCUCCCACUCUCCAAGCACAAAGACAUCAUCUCCCCUCACCGCGGCUCCGUCAACUCUCUCCAGCUCGAUUUGACGGAGGGCCGGUACCUGUUAUCCGGCGCCUCCGAUGCUUCCGCUGCCGUGUUCGAUGUCCAGCGCGGGACCGAUUACGUAGGCAGCGGAGUUAUCACGAGGCACAAGUGCCUGUUUGUGGUGGACAAGCAGCACGAGCACGGGCAUAAGUUCGCGGUGUGGUAUCCCGUCGACACCAUACUGUUUGUGACGGGGUCGUACGAUCAUCACAUCAAUGUUUGGGAUACGAAUACGACGCAGGUGCUGAUGGACUUCAAGAUGCCGGGGAAGGUGUACCGAACUGCAAUGUCGCCGUUGGCAACUUCUCACAUGCUCAUUGCUGCCGGAACCGAAGAUGUUCAAGUCCGCCUCUGUGAUAUUACACCUUGUCUGGCCACCGCGGAGGGUCCUAGGUGCUGUAUUUUUCGUGAUCGCAGGUGGUGUGAUGAUUGUGGAAUGGUCUACUCUUAGCCAGUGGGUUUUGCUUACAGGUGAAUGUGAUGCUGCAAUACCUCUUUGGGACAUUAAGGGUGCCGGAUGUUUUCUUGUUUUGGAUCAAUCUCAGUCUCAGCUUGGUAUGGGAGACGUCCACCCAUUCUGAAACGCUCUGCCACAAUUAAGGUUUUCUUUUUUUAUUGGCUGAGCCAAAAGCGUUUGUUUUCAAAUUACUUAUCACGUAUGUGUAUUAUUUUUCUAAUAGAGAUGAAACUCAUAAGUAUUGAUGGUUCCUACCAAAUGGGUUAAUUUGUCA